GCUCAGUAUGACGGCUAAGGGUGAAGCUAGCGACUCGUGUAGCCUUCUGAGGAAGCUGUAUGUACUUUAUAGUAGUUUAUAGCUGUCUCGCUAGCGUUUUGUAGACCUAACAUGUCAUUUUGAGCAAAGCAAGAGGCAAUAAUCGUGCCGGUUAUUUGGGAGUUUUUAACCGGGAUAACCUUCACGUGUGUGGAUACGAGGCGGUUGCACGAGUCAUUAGCCUCCCGCUGGAUUAAAGGUAAUAAAAGAUCCAAAUGGACAUAAAAGCACGAAGACUUCGGAACCAGGACAUUAACCCGUGCAUCGAGGAAAGUGAUGCCUCCCAGAAGUGUUUAGACGCCUACAACUACGACAAGAGCAUGUGUUCGGCCUAUUUCCAAAGAUAUAAGAACUGUAGGAAAUACUGGCACAACAUCAUGGUGCAGAGGAGAAGAGACGGUGUGAGGCCGGACAUGCCCACUGCUGAGGAGAGGCUGCAGAUGCUCAACGCUAUCGGAGGAAAACCGUACUGAGAGCGAGCUCGGUCACAUGGACACUGUGCAGACGAGCGGGCCCAGGAGGUGUCCUCACGGCCGGCAUGUUGUGGUGAUGCUGGUGCACUGCAGCGGGCGUACGCUGGGCUCUGGAGAACCACAUGUUUAAACUCAGGUUGUGUGGAAGUGACUGUAAGUGAUGACUGGAGAAUAAAGUGGAGACCUGGAGGGAAGUCACAGAGACAGCAUGUCAGGUUAUUUAUUUUGGUUCAGUAACACUGAGUGACUGAAUUAAAAGAGAAAAUAAAUGGAGUUGUUUAUGUUCUAAAGAGAAUACAGCCUGCUGCAGUGUUUUGUUUUGUUUUGGUGUUACAGAACCAAAACCAGUUCUACUGACGGUACAGCUACAGGUGUUUGCUUAAACCCAGAAGUUCAACUCAUUCACAACGUAAAUCGCUCCAGUGUGGAGAACCGCUUCAUCUGUGAUGUCUGGAUCGAGCCAGAAACUGUGUUUCAACCAUCUACAAGGUGAAGAUGGAUGUCUGCUUUGGUCUGGACACAACUAGUGCAACUUUUUGAAGUGUUGAUAAGUCAGUGGAAAUUUAAAUUUGAUAAACUACACGAAUUUUCAUCAACAUGUAACUCAGCAGACACACAGCAGAGGCCAUGUUUUAGAUCCUGUAAUCACCACAGUGGGCCUGUGUGCUCAGAGCGGUGAUGGAUGAAGGUUUAUCUCAUCAUUUAUGUCUUUUUUUUAAACUGUUGAUGGGUUUUAUUCAGCAAAACCUGCCUAAUAAACCUCCAAAACUGUCUGGAAGCGCUAUAUUACUAUUAAAAUGACUGCAAAUGUU